AUGAUUCUAGACCCUGGAGCUGACGUCGAUGCUCAACUCACACACUACUACGCUGCACUACAAGCUGCUUGUGAAUGGGGACAUGGCCAUUCUGUGCAGUUGUUGCUAGAGCGCGGGGCCAAUACGAAUACAGAGGGUGAAAUUUAUGACAAAUUGCUACGGACUGCUUGUUUCAAUGGAGAUGAAAAGGUCUUACGGUGCCUCUUAAGUCACAGGACGGAGAUUCUGGCUGUUAUCAAUUCUGGCUCUUCAACAAUGACCAGACCCGCUGAAAAUGGCCACCGCACAGUGAUAAACCCUCAUGUCUCGAAUAGAGCGGAUAUUCAGAUAGUUGGUGGUCGAGGUUACCCGCCAAUCAUUAUAUCCUCGUGUUUUGGUCAUCUUCAGAUGGUAGAACUACUUCUUGAAAAGGGGGCUAGCGUCAAUUCAAUCAACAAAAGAGGUCAUACGCCUCUGCAUUAUGCCUCUGAAUACGGCUAUUCUAACCUGGUCAAUCUACUCCUCACACGACCGGAUAUUGUUAUCGAUGUUCAAGAUGACACUGGAAGGACACCUUUUUUCCUUGCUGCGGCCAGGGGGCAUGUCGAAAUAUUACAGAUACUUCUACGACAUAAUGCCUUUCCGAAUUUCAAAGACCGCUAUCAAAUGACACCCUUGUGCGCCGCUAUCCGAAACGCACAUGAGAAAACUAUCAAUUUUCUGCUUCCAUUGACCGGAGCUCCAAUUGACCCGGAAGACAACCUUGGCUACAAGCUAAUGUGGUGGGCGAGCAGAAGUGAACGCAGAAGUGUAGUUGAGCUCGUGCGCCAAUGGGUUCAACAAAUGGCCAUUGCUUUCUACGAAGUUGGCCGUGACACAGAAUAUUCUUCAACUGAAACUCGCCAGUCCUCUAGGUCCUGUGAUGUGUGUACUGGAAUGAUCUCUCAUGGCCUUGCCUACUAUACCUGCAAUACUUGUUUCAAUUUUGACAUUUGUCUGGCCUGUCAAUCUUUCGGUCUUCUAUGCUUAAGUUCUUCUCAUGAUUGGACUCUUAAUUGA